AUGAGAACCUCUCUCGCCUCGCUCAGCGUCCUCCUUGCCUUUCCUCUGACAGCCAUCGGCGCUGGCAGCGAUCAGGGGCUCAAACCAUUCAGCGUGAAACUCCUCGAUUACACCAACCCAGGCAAGCCAGGUGUCGUGUUCUCCGAUCCCGCCGGUACGGGUGCCUCGGGCACCACGCACAACUGUCAGGCCUCCACCUCGAUGGUGAAGCUUUGCGAGUGGAUCGCCGGCGAAGGCCCCCACACGGAUUACAGACUCAACGUUGGAACCUACACCGGCGUCAACGAGUACCCGGUGACCAGGAACUUCGCCUUCCGCGGCGGUAUCCCUUAG